AUGGUAUCUACUCUACAGAAAAUGAAUGAAGAAAAAACUGAUAGCUUUUCAAAAUCUUCUAAACCUUUCUCUAGUUAUAAGGGAAACCAUAUGUUUUCAACAAAGUUUCUUUCAAUUCUUAUUACCCUUUGGGUAUAUCUAUCCAAUUAUGGCUUUAAAGCUUCAGGGGAUGAUGUUACUCAAUUCCCAACAACAUGUUUGAAUUGCUCCAAAUGUGAAGACCCUUGUCAAGAACAGCCCUCACCACCACUUGUUUAUGCUUCUCCACCACCACCACCACCACCUUAUGGUGGAGCACCCCCUCCUCCAAAAGAGAAAAACCCUAAGAACUGUCCUCCUCCUCCACCUCCUAGAGAUGUUGUUGAGUGUUGCACUCCUGCAACUCCUGAUACUUUUGCUCCUCCAAAUCCCUACAUUCCUGUGCCCUAUGGUGAAGGUCAACGCUCUUGUUCAACGUUUCAGCCACUCAUGAUGCUUUUUUCCUCCUUUAUUUUUCUCUUCUGA